GUCUUUAUGUGGGUCGCCUCAUUAUUAAUAGUGUGAAGGUAAUUUUCUUUGUAUAGAAUCCAGAAAAGGUUAAACAACAAGAAUAAACUGAUCAGGUCCAUCCGGUAAAUCUAGACCCGAAUAAAGUAGAAAAGAAUACUAAUUAUAUUCUAGUUGUUCUAAUAUGCCGCAUUCAGUAACCCUAUUUGUCGGAAAUUUGUCUUAUGUUGCCAAUGCUCAAUAUUUGGAGCGCCUAUUUUCAUCUUAUGGGGAGGUUCAACAGGUGACCAUUAAUAACAAGGGACACAAUCGUUUUGCGGAAGUGACAUUUUCAUCUAUAGAUGACGGUGAUGCGGCUAUUGCAGCCUUACAUUAUCGUUAUCAGACUGCGAAAAGUCUUCCGUUAGUUGUGCUUUAUUCAAAAAAAAGCAAAUAUGUUUCUGACUACGGCCGAUUGGUUGGCCGUGAGUAUCGACAGGCUAUGGAGGAUAAUAGAUUACCCCGUUUGAUUAUGUUGGAUCAAUUCGAUCCUCAUUUCGAACGCAGUGAAGUUCAGCCGCCACCAUCUGAGGAAUUUAUCCCUGAAAGUAGGCCUUCUCAGGGCAUUUGACCCAUGAAGAUUGUUAUAUAGACGGUGUCUGCAAGUGAAAAGAGCUGAAAAACACUAGGAAACAGAUUUAGGAAGUAUGUCUUUUUUUUUUCGCUACUGUACUUAUGUGUGAGUGGGUGAAUUGGGUAUGAAGCUCGAACUUUGAGUUUUCUUCUUUAGUGUUAAGGUUUCCCCCCCUUUUUUUUACUUUCCUCCUAUUUCGACUAUAUUGCAUUAUAUAUUCUAUGUUCAUUGCUCAUAUACCACGUAUUUAUCUAUUUAUAUCUAUAAUAUUAAAGCUUUGCGUAAUUGCAAUGGACUACACAAAAACCUCUACUUCUGAUUAGAGGAUCGGAAAGUGAACCAAAGGGAAAAAGUUAAAGCACCAUGUUGUCUUAACAUUUCAGAGAGUUGUCCUUUUAAUUUUCUCUAUUUUUAAGGUUAUUUUAUUUUGCCAUCAUAGUUGCUUGAGAUGAUAGAAUGAUAAUGAAUAACCGAUACUGAAUGCUGUAGUAGGGAUGACGAAUGAUCCUAAUAUCGAAAUGGGCCCAUCAUUAUCGGAACCUUGAUGCUUCAACAUUUUUUUCGACUUUUUUUUUAUAAA